CUCCCAGUAUGUGGAUCUUCCUGGAUAAUCAGAACGAGCCUUUCUGUUUCAAGAGGUGCCAGAGGGGGAAUGUUGGCAGUGUCAGAUACCUUCUUGAACAGCGAGAUGUGGAAAUUAAUGUCCGUGAUAAAUGGGACAGUACACCUCUGUAUUAUGCUUGCCUCUGUGGACAUGAGGAGCUUGUACGCUAUCUUCUAGCCAAUGGAGCGAAAUGUGAGGCAAACACUUUCGAUGGGGAACGUUGUUUGUAUGGAGCUUUGAGUGAUGCCAUCCGACGUCUGCUGAAGGAGUACAAACAGAUCACAGCAAAGUGCAUGAAGAGAGACUACUAUGAUGUCUUCCUACAGCGGUUGCUGGAGCAGGGUUACCAAAGCGACAUCGUUUUCAUUGUUCAUGGCAAAUCCUUCUGUGCCCACCGCUGCAUUCUCAGCGCUCGCAGCGCCUACUUUGCAGAAAUGUUUGAGACCAAAUGGAAGGGGAAGAACAUGAUAGUGUUGAAGCAUCCACUGAUUAAUCCAGCAGCCUUUGGCUCUCUUCUGCAAUAUCUAUACACAGGUCGUCUUGAUAUCGACGUAGAAUAUGUAAAUGAUUGCAAGAGGUUAGCGAAGCAGUGUCGGCUGCAGGACCUCAUAGACGAUUUGGAGACCAAAUGUAAAAAAGUCUAUGAAUUUGUCUCUUCCAAGCCAGGGACCUGUGUGAAAGUGCUGACGAUUGAGCCCACAGGUAACUGCCGGCUGCAGGAAGAUCUGGCUCUUCUAGCAGACUGCGCCCUGCCAGCCGAACUGCGGGUUGGUUUUGGAGAACUGCCAUUUGACAGCACUGACAACUUUAACAGUUGUCCCGACGUGUGUUUCCGGGUGGCUGAUUACAACUUUUUGUGCCAUAAGGCAUUUUUCUGUGGUCGCAGUGAUUAUUUCAAAGCCCUUCUUGAAGACCAUUUCAGUGAGAGUGAGGAGCUGCAGACACAGCCCAGCAUCCCUGUGGUGACUCUCCACAACAUCUCAGAAGACAUCUUCAUCCGGGUCCUAUACUACAUCUACAGCGAUGAUACAGAGCUGUCCCCGGAAAACGCCUACGACGUGCUGUGUGUGGCAGACAUGUACCUGCUGCCUGGGCUCAAGCGUCUUUGCGGCAGGACCUUGUCUCAGAUCCUUGAUGAGGACAACAUUGUCAGCAUCUGGAGGAUUGCAAAGCUGUUCCAGCUGACCCGGCUGGAAGACCAGUGCACGGAGUACAUGGCAAAGAUCAUCGAGAAGCUGGUGGAGUUGGAGGAGUUUGUGGCUGCUGUGAAGGAGAAUGCGGAGGCCGUGGAAGAACGACAGGAGACUGACUCCAUUCCUCUGGUCGAUGACAUCCGCUUCCACAUCACCAGCAACGUGCAGACUUACAGUGCCAUUGAGGAAGCCAACCAGAAACUUGAAGCUCUGGAAAACCUCCUGGCCAGUAUAGGGCUUGAGUGCUGAUGUGUGCAAACCCUGCCUGUCACAUGCAGCCUGCAUAGCCCCCACUGGGUUUGCUCGGAGUGCAAGAACAUCUGAGUCUCUGAAUGUCUCUGUUCUUCUUUGUCCUCCUUC